CUUCUCCCCCACAGACUGUCUGUUCCUCAGACUGACCAUGGCGCAGCUACUCACUCUUCUCGCUGUAUACGUGGCGUUUCAUUUUGUUCUUUCAGCAUCUCAUCAAGUCAACGCAGCAGCUCCGGGUGUCGUAGGCAGCGCUAAUGUCCUGUCUCUUCUGCAGCCUUAUGACCUUUUGUAUUACAGCGGGGUUCGAGCUUACUUUGGCCAGGAGUGGCAGAAAGCUGCGGAGCUGCUGGAGAAAUCCAUCCUGACCAAGGAAUCUCUGCUCAGUGUCCGCAGACAGUGUCAUAAAGACUGUGUGACCACAGGCAGAGAAGCACUGCAAAACCUGGACUCUGAGGAGGGAAGCCUGUGGGACCUCUGGGCCUUGGACUGGGUGCAGCAGAGAGCUGAGUGUUUGCGGUUCUGUAUUCGACGCUCAGUCACUCCUGCAGGGCAGCUUCCUGUUUCAUCAGACAUAGAGUAUGAAUUUGGCACUCGCAACCCCUACAACUUUCUGCAGGUCACAUACUACAAGUUGGAAAAGUUGCAGAAGGCGGCGUCAGCAGCUCAUACAUACUUUGUGGCCAAUCCCAGUCACCUGGAAAUGAGGAACAACAUUGAGAAGUACAGGAGGAUGGAAGGAGUGACUGAAGAGGACUUUCAGGACAGAGAGUUCCUGAAUGAGAAGCACUGGGUCCUCUACGAUGCUGCAGUCCAGUUGGAGGCCGCCUUUGACUGGGCACAAGCGUCCAAGAAAUGGAAAGAGUGUGUGAAUGAAACUCUGCGGCAGACAGAGGAGUGCAGGGUGCAGUGUGAGGUGUCCUCCCAACGGCUGCCUGAGGACAGGGGAGUGAAUAGUGUUGACGGUGUGUUCGAGAAGGCUGCAGCUCUUUCUCUCUCCCUGCUCGCAUGCCGGCAGUACUGUGUGAUUCAGGUUUCCACACGGCCUGGAAGGAUUUCUGCUCAAGAGGACUACCUGCCCACACAGCUGGAGCAUCUGCACAUAGCUCAGUUUAAAGCUGGUGAUGUUCGCGGAGCGGUGCAGUCUGUGCGCUCCCUUCUCCUGUUCUAUCCCUCUGACAAGGACUCUUUAGACAAUCUGCAGCUCUACUAUGAGACACUAGGAGGAGACACAGAGUCACAAGACAUACAGCCUUCUCAGGAGAUCGUCAGAUACAUCAGUCACUCUUUGCAGGAAAAGGAGCUACUGUAUUUUGGGAUGGAGAACCUUGCCUUUAGUUUCACUGACCCAGAUCUUUGGACUCCAGAGGAAGUUGUCCCUGAAUCACUGAGAGAGGCCUGGAGAGCUGAACAAGAGAAAAUGAAUGAGAAAAUUAAAGGCGGUUAUCAGCAAGAGGAAGUGGACGACAGUGGCUUUUUCUCAGGUGGUCCAGUCCCUCGCGUGGGUGUAACCAUCACCAUGGAUGACGAGAAGCUGAACGGGACCAAUCGUGUAGUACUGGACGGAGUCAUGACUGAGACAGAGUGUGACAGAAUACUGCAGUUAGCCACGGCUGCGGUGUCAGCUGGAGAUGGUUACCGAGGACGACGGUCUCCACAUACACCGCACGAGACAUUUGAGGGCCUGACUGUGCUCAGGGCUGUGAAGUUGGCUCAGGACGGCAUGAUCAACCAGACAGAUGCCAGGCUGUUACACGAGCUGGGCGAGCGAGCACGAGACCUGCUGCAUUCCUACUUCAGAAGUCCCUCAGGACUCCACAUCUCUUUCACACACUUGGUCUGUCGCACUGCUAUCACAGGUGACCAGGAGGGCAGAUCAGACCUGUCUCACCCUGUCCAUGUGGACAACUGUCUCCUCGAGCCAGACACCAAGCAGUGCUGGAAGGAACCGCCAGCAUUCAUACACAGAGACCUCAGUGCCAUUCUCUACCUGAAUGACAACUUUAAUGGCGGAGAUUUAUUUUUCACAAACCGGGAUGCAAAGACAAUAACAGCCCAAAUCAAACCAAGCUGUGGUCGACUGGUGGGCUUCUCUUCGGGUCCAGUAAACCCCCACGGAGUUACUGCAGUGACCAGUGGCCGGCGCUGCUCGCUGGCCCUGUGGUUUACGAAAGACAAGAUCUACAGGGACAUGGAGCGGGAGGAAGCAGAGGCCUUGUGGGCGGCAGAUGGACAUACUGUGGUGAAAAAGGAAGAGGAUGAGGGAAAAGGAAGCGCCACCACCACCACCACCAGGAAUGCUCGGAGCCAAGCACCAAAGGAGAAGAACAGAGGGAGAGGCAGGGUGACGGGGGGCAAAGAUGAGCUGUGAGAACCACAACAGUCCUUAAAGACUAGAACUGGAACACAUCUUCAUUUGCAUCCAGUGCUUUCAUCACAGGACCAACACAGCAGCCAUGAACACUUCACAUUAUCUUUCCGUUUUUUUUACACACACAUUCGCUCUCCUCAUCCUGCUGCAUUUUUGUGUAAAGCAUGCAUGUAUAUACUGUAUUUAUAUUGUAUGUGAUGAAGGUAAGUGAGAGAAACCGCUGUCCUGUCCUGUCUGAGAAUGGAAGGGAAUAAAAUAAUGAAUGUGACUCUUAACCAGUGCAAGAGCCAGACUAUGUAAUCUGUUACACCCUCUGUGGCUGCCAGUUGAUCAAAACUAAAAAAAAGAAUAGAAAUGAAAGGAUAACAUUUUAGUACAAGCAUGUGAUAAGAUAUGUGAUAAGACAGUAACACAGCAGUGGGUAACUAAAAGUAAUCACAUCAGCGCGAUGUAUCAGAAACCUGGCAGUAAGAGGCAGACGUGGGAACAGAGAGGCAGACAGAGAGGUGCACAGGAGGAAAAAGGAUAGAAAUAGAGAGAUUAAUGUUAAUCCCUCAUAAAUGAGUGCAUUUGUUUAUGAAGCUUAAAAAAACCUCCCAUUUAGAAUAUGGAAUAAUAAUCCAGCAAGAGAUGAUUUAGUCAUUCAUGUCCAGUGGAGUGACACUCAACCACCCUCUUCCAUCUUAUCCUUCCCAUUACAACCAGUGCCUGCUGUCCAGUCAGCCCCCUCUUCUGCUUUUCGUCUCGUACAUUAGGAACCAAGCCGAGAACCGUUUAUGGCCCAUAUUAACACUCUCACUCCCCCCUGUGUUAUAAUCCCCCACAGCAGCAGCAGAACUGGGUCGGCAGGACUGUUUUAAUGGAGCCUUGGGUUUAACCUUUUUGCCUCCCUCACAUGCUGAAGCCAUUAAUUUCACUUAAAGUCUGCAUUAAUCUGCCUAUAAGUGGGUGUCAUGUCUAGAUAAUGUAUGUAAGAUAUCCACACUCGUCAGUGUCCCAGGCGUCUACUGCUCUAAUUUCACACUUGGCAGAAAAGCAUCAAAUUCAUGGCUUUAUGAUGUCACCUUUACAUGUUUUAUACGAUUAGCGGAAAUUACGUCAGGUCCAACACCUCAGCUAUAAAAGUGAAGUCACACCAUCCUGAUGUCACUAGAACAGUGAGCUAUGUGGAGCGAGCAGUUGACAGGAUCACUCAUCCCUGAUGUUGCACUUCCACGCAUUAACUGUCCUAUUUGUGGCCCACACUACUUAUUGUUUGUCUGGUGAGGUGAUGAUUUCUGGUCAGACUGGAUGACGCUUUUCACCACUGUUAGGUGUAAUCGUGAGAUGAGACACAAAAACAAUAUGAGGAUCAAAAUUCCUGCCUUAAUUCUACAUUCAUGUCACAAUAUAUCUUUUAAUCCAGUCACCCCACCCCCUCUCAAUCUCUGCCAUCCUUAACCUCCUUUUUUUUCAAAACAAGGUCAAUGAUUCAAUGGAAUAAACAAUGGACUAAACUAAAUCUACACUCAAAUGCUUUCGGUGAAAACUUCUCGUCUCUUUGUAACGCUGCAUCAAUACUAUGGUGUGUUAUAUAAUUGAAGGCAGUGAUAAUUAUAAUAUUAAUGAUUUUAUUUGAAUAUCACCUGUAAAAAACAAGUUUACCAAGUGCUUUGGCAGACUAAGCAAAACCAGGAUACUCAGGGACAGAAACAAGCGAAACGGGACGGCACAGCUGCAAAAUACGCCACCAUAUGUCAAUAUGACCAAAAGCAAGAGAGAAAUAAAUCCGGGACGAAACGUCAUACAAAAGCAAGAGCAAAUAAAAGUAAAUAAAUAAAAGCAAUAAUCGCUGAAUAACGCAAGAAAACCAGAUUUGGGAAAAAGGAAAUUAACAGUGAAGGUUGUUUCUUUCACUUACUUACUAAACAUGUCUCCUGACUGUAUACAAUGAAUUUGUGAAACAUUUUUUAAAAAGUCCAUCGUUCUUGUUUUUUUAACAU